CAUCUCCCGUCCGGCCAUCCCCUCAUCAUCACCUCCUCGUGCUCUCUCUUUCUCUCUCGAAUCUUCCAAAGCCCAAACCCUAGUGAGCGCGGCGCGGCGCGGACUCUCCGCAGAUCUCACCCCGCCAUGGACAUGAUGGACGAGGAGUUCCAAAUCCCCGCGGGCGACGACAUGAUGAUGGGGGACGACAUGAUGGGCGACUUCGCCGGCGGCGACGGGCCGGUGUUGAAGGUGGGCGAGGAGAAGGAGGUCGGGAAGCAGGGGCUCAAGAAGAAGCUGCUUAAGGAGGGCGAGGGCUGGGAGACCCCCGAGGUCGGCGACGAGGUCGAAGUGCAUUACACGGGCACCCUCCUUGAUGGAAAGAAGUUUGACUCGAGCCGUGAUCGUGCGGACACCUUCAAGUUCAAGCUGGGACAAGGUCAAGUGAUAAAGGGUUGGGAUCAAGGCAUCAAGACCAUGAAGAAAGGGGAAAAUGCCCUUUUCACCAUUCCUCCUGAAUUGGCUUAUGGUGAAACUGGUUCACCCCCAACUAUUCCGGCCAAUGCUACUCUGCAGUUCGAUGUUGAACUGCUUUCUUGGACCAGUGUCAGGGACAUCUGCAAAGAUGGUGGUAUCUUCAAGAAGAUAUUGAAGGAGGGAGAGAAAUGGGAGAACCCAAAGGAUCCUGAUGAAGUAUUUGUGAAAUAUGAGGCUCGGCUUGAGGAUGGUACUGUUGUGUCAAAGUCUGAGGGGGUUGAAUUUACUGUUAAAGAUGGGUACCUCUGUCCUGCACUGGCCAAAGCUGUCAAGACCAUGAAAAAAGCAGAGAAGGUGCUCCUUACGGUCAAGCCACAAUAUGGAUUUGGUGAAAUGGGUAGACCAGCGACUGGUCAGGAAGGUGGCAUACCACCAAAUGCCAGUCUUCUUAUCGACCUUGAGUUGGUUUCAUGGAAGACUGUCACAGAAAUAGGGGAAGACAAGAAAAUCCUAAAAAAAGUUAUCAAGGAGGGUGAAGGGUAUGAACGUCCUAAUGAGGGUGCAGUUGUUAAAGUCAAGAUAACUGGAAAACUUCAAGAUGGCACAGUAUUCUUGAAGAAAGGGCAAGAUGAACAGGAGCCAUUUGAAUUUAAGACCGAUGAAGAGGAGGUUAUUGGUGGUCUUGAGCUUGCUGUGCUGAACAUGAAGAAGGGGGAGGUUGCUCUUGUCACAAUUCCUCCUGAACAUGCGUAUGGUUCAACGGAGUCAAAACAGGAUCUUGCUAUAGUCCCUCCUAAUAGCACUGUGAUUUAUGAAGUGGAGCUUGUAUCAUUUGUGAAGGAUAAGGAGUCAUGGGACUUGAACAAUGCGGAGAAGAUUGAGGCUGCUGGAACUAAGAAAGAGGAGGGGAAUGCGUUGUUCAAAUUGAGCAAAUAUGCCAGAGCUUCUAAGCGUUAUGAGAAGGCUGCAAAGCUCAUCGAGUAUGAUACUUCAUUUAGUGAAGAUGAAAAGAAGCAAUCCAAGCAACUGAAGAUCACCUGCAACUUGAACAAUGCUGCCUGCAAGUUGAAGCUGAAAGAUUAUAAGCAAGCUGAGAAGCUUUGCACCAAGGUUCUGGAACUAGACAGCCAAAAUGUCAAGGCUUUAUACAGAAGGGCCCAAGCCUACACUCAACUUGCGGAUCUGGAGUUAGCAGAGACCGACAUAAAGAAGGCACUGGAAAUCGAACCUGAUAACAGGGAUGUGAAAUUGACAUACAAGAAUCUGAAGGAAAAGAUCAAGGAGAUCAACAAGAAGGAUGCCAAGUUCUACAGCAACAUGUUUGCCAAGAUGACCAAGCCUUCGGUAGAAGGCAAAGCUGGAACUGGAGCAUGAUCGACGCAAGGAUAGAAGCCAUGCUUCUUAAAGGACUCGGCUUGUUGGCUCGAAUCUUAGUGUGCACACUGGACGCUUGGGAGUUAUUAGAACUAAUGAGAAUCUUUAGUUUUGAGAUUGGCAGGCGAUAAAUUUCUUGUUAAGAACAUUGCAUGUUUAACCUUCCAUAGUUGGCAUCUACCGGUUCAUGAAAUUUAUGGUCUUGCUGUGUG